AUGGCACUGAGAUUGAGUACUUCUUUAGCAGGGCUUGUGGUUUUGGCCCUGAUUUCCUUCUUCCCUGCCAUCUCUGCAGAUGACAUUUCAUGCACACAGGCCAUAACAGACUUGCUGCCGUGCCAGGCAUUUCUGUUGGGAUUUGGCGAUAUUAGUGUCCCUUGUUGCCAGGGGCUUGUGGUUUUGGCCCUGAUUUCCUUCUUCCCUGCCAUCUCUGCAGAUGACAUUUCAUGUACACAGGCCAUAACGGACUUGCUGCCGUGCCAGGCAUUUCUGUUGGGAUUUGGCGAUAUUAGUGUCCCUUGUUGCCAGGGUGCUCAGACCUUGUUUAAAAGUGUCGCUAAUUCCCUAACAGACCGUAAAAUUNAAAGUGUCGCUAAUUCCCUAACAGACCGUAAAAUUGUCUGCGAGUGUCUUAAACAAGCUUUAUUGACGUUUGGUGUUAAUCUAGACAGAGCACAACAAAUUCCCCAGCUUUGCAAGCUUAAUAUUAAUGUUCCCAUUAGCCCAGACGUAGACUGCAAUACGAUUCCGAUGAAUGAAGGCAUUCAGUCCCAUAAUUUCGAGGCACAGCCAUGA